AUGGCAGUUCCUGGCACUAUAAAAAGUCCAGUUCAGCAACACUAAUGUGUGCUGGGGUGCAAGUAUGUUUUUUGUGUUUUUGUAGUGGUGUUGCUGUGGUGGUUAUUUGUUGAUUCUAGACUGGACAUGGAGGGUUCCACUGUCCAACUCUUAAGGUUUUCUUUGGCACUUCUCAUUUUUUGUGUCCAUGGACAUAUUGGAAGUGUUGAUGGCUUUGUCAGGAUUGGAGGUUAUCCUGUAUACAAUGAGGCUGGUCUUCCCAUGCAGGAUGAUGUGAAACCACAGAGUUCCUAUAGCUGGUAUGGCCAUGAAGAUGUAUCAGAUCCCAUCAGUCCUCAAAGAUCUAAGAAUAUCACUUACAGUGCUGCACAAGUUAAGGGUGUGUAUAGCAGUGUAAGCUAUAAUCCUCAAAAUGGCUCUUCUGGUUUUGGACCAAUAACUAAUGUGUAUAAGCCUGGUUUUGACUCUGAUGCUAGAAGUCAAGUUCAAGGAUCUGUAAUGUCUUCAGCUGGUAGUGGCAGUCUUGUACCCAUUGCAGUGGCCAUGGAAUCAGAAAGUAUGAGCACUGAGUCUCUACCCAAGCCAGCACAGCUCAACUAUCAAACUUUAGGGCAGUCUAGUAAUGAGUCUGGGGCAUCUAGUAGCCAGCAACUAAUGCAGACCAGUUCCCAGUCCAGUGGCCAAUUAGUGCAAGUCCGCUACCAGUCUUCGGUGCAGCCCAUUGUCAAGCCUCUAAAAAGUAGACUUCAAGUUGGUUCCAAGUUAUUUUCUGGUACCAGGCCAGUGCAGACAUCAAGUUCCACCUUUUUUGUAAAGCCCUUGCAACAAAGACAUGAAUCUUCACAACCCAGCGAUCAGUUAGGACAAGGCAGCUAUGGGUCUGUACCAUUGCUCAGUGGGCAGCAACUAGUGCAGUCAAGCAAUGAUACCAUGGUUCAGCCUAACGGUGUGCAACUAGCACAGGCAAGAUACCAACCUGUGGCCCUGCUCAGCCUCCAACAAUCAUCUCAAGCCAGCAGCCAGAACUUGGAACAAGCUGUGUCUCAAUCUGUGGACCAGUCCAGUGGCUUGCCAUCAGCACAAGCCAGCCACCAGGCUGUGGACCAGUCCAGUGGUCUGCCAUCAGCACAAGCCAGCCACCAGGCUGUGGACCAGUCCAGUGGUCUGCCAUCAGCACAAGCCAGCCACCAGGCUGUGGACCAGUCCAGUGGUCUGCCAUCAGCACAAGCCUCUUACCAGUCUCUGCCCAGGCCCAGUGGCCCACAACCAGGACAGGCCAUCUACCAGUCUGUAACCCAGCAAAGCAUCCAACAACCAGCCCAAGCCAGCUUGCAGUCUUUGUCCCGGCCAAGUGGCCCACAACCAGGACAGGCCAUUUACCAGUCUGUGUCCCAGCCCAGCAGGCUGCAGUCAGCACAAGCCAGCUACCCAUCUGUGUCCCAGCCCAGCAGGCUGCAGUCAGCACAAGCCUCUUACCAGUCUAUGUCCAGGCCAAGUGGUCCACAACCAGGACAGGCCCUUUACCAGUCUGUUGUCCAGCCCAGUGGCCUGCAGUCAGCACAAGCCAGUUACCCUUCUGUGGUCCAGUCCAGUGGCCUGCAGUCCGCACAAGCCAGCUACCCAUCUGUGGUCCAGCCCAGUGGCCUGCAGUCAGCACAAGCCAGCUACCCAUCUGUGGUCCAGCCCAGUGGCCUGCAGUCAGCACAAGCUCGUUACAGGUCUGUUCACCAACAACCAGGACAGGCCAGCUACCAGUCUUUGUCCCAAUCCAGUAGCCAGCAGCCAGCACAAAUCCGCUACCAAUCGGUUUCCCAGCAGCCUGGAUUCCAGGUCUUUUCUGCGCCAGAGCAGUCAAGUUAUGGGUCUCAUUCCAGUCUUGGUUCCCAACCUCUAGAGCAACCCAGUGAUGUACCUCUUUCUUCAAGCUAUGAGUCUGUGAUGCAGUCUUUCAAGCCUGGCUUUCAAGAUCCAGCACCUCCACACUCUCAGACUACUCAAAACAAGCGUUUAUCUCUAGGCAUGUUGAGGUUGUUGCAACAAGUGAAGUCAUAGCUGCAUACUUUGCUGCUUUUUCUUAAUUUGAUGUUUUUGUUUUUGAAAAAUAAAUACAAUUUAUAAAAUA